CACUCUUGUACAGGAGAGAGUGGCGGUGGAAGUCUGCGGCAGCCUUUCGCAUUAAAAAACAUUAACAACGACCGAAGACGGGAGGACCGAGCGCCGCAGAAGUUGGACAUGACCACGGCGGACUCCGGACUAUGAUCAACCGCGAGCAGAGGGCCGUAACGGUGGAGUGUUUUCGCGGAGUAUUGAACAUCUGUAGAGCAUAAUGUGGCCAUCCGCUCCGCUGGCUUCUCCCGCGAGCUCCAGUUAGACGGACACUAUUUAUAAAUGCGCCUCUUCUUGUCUUGUAAAACUGACCACAGCGCGUAGACCUCCUUCCAUGGCCCCUGGAGGACAGUGAAGUCACCGGAGAAGAGCCACGUCUUAUUAUCAUCUCCAUAGUUUUCCCUCCUGUAGCGGCUCGCACCAGACUCCGCUUCGUUUUCACCUCGCUUUCGCCUCUUACAUGGUUCUAUCCUUCUGAACGCUCAUCGACAACCCUGCGCCGGGCAUUUUCCACGUCCCAGGAUGCCGGAUCAAAUAUCGGUGUCCGAGUUUCUCUCGGAGACGACAGAGGAUUACAAUUCUCCGACCACGUCCAGCUUCACCACCCGACUGCAGAGCUGCAGGAACACCGUCAAUGUGCUGGAGGAGGCGUUGGACCAGGACCGGACCUCCCUUCAGAAGGUGAAGAAGUCAGUCAAGGCCAUCUAUAGUUCAGGCCAAGACCACGUCCAGAAUGAAGAGAACUACGCUCAGGCCCUGGACAAGUUUGGCAGCAACUUCAUCAGCCGGGACAACCCCGACCUGGGGACGGCCUUCGUCAAGUUUUCAUCCCUCACCAAGGAGCUCUCUGCCCUGCUGAAGAACCUGCUUCAGAGCCUGAGCCAUAAUGUGAUCUUCACCCUGGACUCGCUGCUGAAGGGAGAUUUAAAAGGCGUGAAGGGGGACAUAAAGAAGCCCUUUGACAAAGCCUGGAAGGACUACGAAGCCAAGUUCACCAAAAUCGAGAAGGAGAAACGGGAGCAUGCCAAACAACACGGGAUGAUCCGCACUGAGAUCACCGGAGCUGAGAUCGCUGAGGAGAUGGAAAAGGAGCGUCGGCUGUUCCAGCUGCAGAUGUGCGAGUACCUGAUCAAAGUCAAUGAGAUCAAGACCAAGAAGGGAGUGGACCUGCUCCAGAACCUGAUCAAGUAUUACCAUGCACAGUGCAAUUUCUUCCAGGACGGCCUGAAGACGGCAGACAAGCUGAAGCAGUACAUCGAGAAGCUGGCAGCUGAUCUCUAUAAUAUCAAACAGACUCAGGAUGAAGAGAAGAAGCAGCUGACUGCUCUGCGGGAUCUGAUCAAGUCCUCCCUCCAGCUGGACCAGAAGGAGUCUAGAAGAGACUCUCAGAGCAAGCAGGGCGGCUACAGCAUGCACCAGCUGCAAGGCAACAAGGAGUUUGGCAGCGAGAAGAAGGGGUACCUGCUGAAGAAGAGCGAUGGGCUGAGGAAGGUGUGGCAGAGGAGGCAGUGCUCCGUGAAGGGGGGCAUCCUCACCAUCUCUCAUGCCACAUCCAACAGGCAGCCGGUGAAGCUGAACCUCCUCACCUGUCAGGUCAAGCCCAGCGCGGAGGACCGGAAGUGCUUCGACCUCAUUUCCCAUAACCGGACGUAUCAUUUCCAAGCGGAGGACGAGCAGGAGUUUGUCAUCUGGAUCUCGGUGCUGACCAACAGUAAGGAGGAGGCCUUGAACAUGGCGUUCCGUGGCGAGCAGACCAGCGGCGGCGAGGACGGUUUGGAAGACCUGACCAAAGCCAUCAUCGAGGACGUGCUGCGGAUGCCCGGCAACGAAGUGUGCUGCGACUGCGGCGCUGCAGACCCCAAGUGGCUCUCCACCAACCUUGGCAUCUUGACCUGCAUCGAGUGUUCCGGCAUCCACCGAGAGAUGGGGGUUCACAUCUCCCGCAUCCAGUCCAUGGAGCUGGACAAACUAGGCACCUCGGAACUCUUGCUGGCCAAGAAUGUGGGGAAUAGUAGUUUCAAUGAGAUCAUGGAGGGAAACCUCCCCUCCCCUUCACCAAAGCCCACCCCCUCCAGCGACAUGACCGCGAGGAAGGAGUUCAUCAACGCCAAGUAUGUCGACCACAAGUUCGCCCGGAAGACAUGCACGUCUGCAGCCGCCAAGAUGAUUGAGCUCUUCGAGGCGGUCCAGUCCCGUGACCUGCUGGCUCUGAUCCAGGUCUACGCUGAAGGCGUGGAGCUCAUGGAGCCUCUUCCAGAGUCCGGGGCACAGGAAGCUGGAGAAACUGCACUGCACUACUCAGUACGGACGGCUGACCAGACCUCGCUGCAUCUGGUGGACUUCCUCGUCCAGAACAGCGGUAACCUGGAUAAGCAGACGGAGUGGGGGAACACCGCCCUGCACUACUGCUGCAUGUACGAGAAGCCCGAGUGCCUCAAGUUACUCCUGAGGGGCAAGCCAGCGACCGACAUCACCAAUCAGAACGGAGAGACGGCGCUGGAUGUUGCCAGGCAACUGAGGAACACUCAGUGUGAGGAGGCACUUGUGCAGGCUGCCGAAGGGAAGUUCAACCCGCACAUCCAUGUGGAGUACGAGUGGAGCCUGCGGCUGGAGGAGAUGGACGAGAGCGACGACGACCUGGACGAUAAGCCCAGUCCCAUCAAGAAGGACCGCUCCCCUCGUCCUCAGAGCUUCUGCCACUCCUCCAGUCUGUCCCCCCACGACAAGCUCUCCCUGCCGGGCUUCAUCAGCCAGCGGGACAAGCAGCAGCGCCUGUCCUACAGCGCCUUCACCAACCAGAUGUACAGCGCCUCCACCGACCUCACCUCCUCCCCGGUGGCUGAUGGACCGCCGCUGCCGCCGCGCAACCAGGGCAAAGCUCCUCCCCCAUCCGGCCCUUCCUCUACACACACCCCAGGAGGCAGCGCCACCUUGUCCAAGAAGAGGCCUCCACCCCCCCCUCCUGGACACAAACGCACCCUGUCUGACCCACCCAGCCCGCUCUGUCACAGUAAAGGGGGCUUGACUGGGGGAAGUGACUCCACCCCUCCGCCUGUCACAAAGAUGUCUCCGGUGUCAAACAAGUUUGAAGGAAUUCCUCAUCAGCAAAGCGCUACUUCAAGCAACACGAAGUCGACACUUGGUCCCAGGGUUCUGCCCAAACUACCUCAGAAAGUGGCGCUGCGGAAGAUCGACACCAUCCACCACCCGUCGAUGGACAAGCCAAGCCUUCCUCCAGAGGUCUUCCAGAAGUCGCCCCCGGGCACCGACACCCCUCAGAAGUCCCCUCUGCCUGACAAGCCACAGCUGGGAGAGCUUCCUCCCAAACCGCAGCCAUCCGAACUGCCGCCCAAGCCGGGGGAACUCCCGCCCAAGCCGCAGCUGUCCGACCUGCCGCCCAAGCCUCAGCUGGGAGACCUCCCGCCCAAGCCGCAGCUCAAAGACCUCCCACCCAAGCCGCACCUCACCGACAUCCCGCCCAAGCCCGGACCGUCCGAGUCUGCUCCUCGGACUCCCAGUGAGGUGACCAGGCCGCAGACCCAGCCGCCGCCUCCGCCCACGCAGCAGCCGCAGCCGCAGCCUCAGCCUCAGCCGCAAGACUCCCCGUCCCCGAACCAGCAGCCCACCAUAGCCACGCCGCCCCAGCAGCUGGCGGAGGACACCAACGGGACGCCGGCGGGAUCAGCAGAGACGCCGGUGCCGCUGCCCAGGAAGAUCAAUGCGGGGAAGAGCAAAGCUCGGCGGGUGAAGACCAUCUACGACUGUCAGGCCGACAAUGACGACGAGCUGACGUUCGUGGAGGGAGAGGUGAUCAUCGUGACCGGGGAGGAGGACCAGGAGUGGUGGAUCGGCCACAUCGAAGGGGAGCCCGACAGAAAAGGCGUGUUCCCCAUGUCCUUCGUGCACAUCCUGAGUGACUGACACAAAGACUUGCACUACCCUUCCUCUCCACAGGGGGGGCUGCUGUAAAUAGCUGCGGAAACACCUCCUUGUCACAUGACAUGUGUCGCGAAGGAAAAGAGAAACAAAAAAAAAAGCAAGGAACGGCUGGCUGUACAAAGAACGUGUGUCUUCUCCCUCUAGCAGUAUUAUCUUAGUCCUACUAGCACGGCUGCGCCCGGCCCAGCUCCAGCCCGAGCACUUACCUGAUGUGGUGUAUAUAUCUGUGUAAAUAUAUAUAUUUCUGUGUGUGUGUGUGUGCGUGCGUGUGUGUGUACAUACAUGUUUAUUGUACAAAAACAUGUACCAUCGAGCUGUCGGGCCGUUUUAUCUCUCUUCAUUUCUCCCCCCCAGGUAUCGGCUUAUACUCCCAGAAUAAGAAAGCGGAAUGUGAAAUUUGUGUCCUGCACCCCCAACAUGAGUUGACUGAAGAGACCCCCCUCCCUCCCCACCCCCGAACAUUCAGUGUACUCCUGCUUGCUACGUGCGUGCGUGCGCGAGCGCGUGUGUGUGAGUGUGUAGUGUUUUACAGUGUAGAACCUGCUGCUACUGUGGUGGAACAUCACCGUCGGUCACUCAUCUCUCUGUCCCUCCUCUCCACUGUGUCUCCUCCGUGCAUGGCCUGACCACCACUGGAGUGGAGACCUGCUCACCUCAGGGUUUGAAGAGCCACUUAAAAAGAGAAAAAAAAAAUUGAUCGUCCCGUCGCUAAAGCCACUACUCCUGACCAGGACGGGGAUCCAGAGAGGACAUCUGAGCAAUAACUUGAUUUUCUUGAGAUUUCUUUGCGAACCUGUUCACCCGAGUCUUGUAAACCUCAUAAGCUUGAACUUGUUUUUGUUUUUUUGAGUUGGAUUCAUGUAUUUUCAUUCCAUGUUACUGGAUCAAGGUUCUGCCUUUUGGACCAUGAAGAGCUGAUGUUUGAUCACAGUCCUUCUCCUGUUACGGAACAAACCCACCAACCCAUUGUAUCAUUAAAGUGCUGUACUUCA